AGGGCGCUCUAAUGGUAACUUCUGCCUGGCUUGGUACACCUGUCUAGAAGUACUUACUCCAUUUGGACAUGCGAGCCCUCAAAGCUCUUCAACUUUUCUCCUUUCUCUUCUUUGUUCUUCACUCUUCUCCUGUCUGCAACCAUAGUAAUGGCUAUUCAGAGGAAUCCAAAGUACAAUAAAUACAAACCCAGAUCCCCAUUUCUCAUACUAAUCAUCUCUAUUGCUUCCAUUUUGUUUCUCUACCUUCUCUCCACUUCAAUUUCUAUUGCUGGGUUCUCCUUCCCUUCUGUAGGAGCCCUAGGGAAGGUCGUGAAGAGUAGGUAUCACAGGCAUCAUGCAUUGGAGAAGUACUUGUACUGGGGUGACAGAAUCGAUUGCCCUGGCAAACAUUGUGAUUCUUGCGAGGGUCUGGGUCAUCAAGAAUCUAGCUUGCGUUGCGCUCUUGAAGAAGCCAUGUUCCUUAAUAGAACUUUUGUUAUGCCUUCGAGGAUGUGCAUUAAUGCAAUACACAAUAAGAAGGGGAUCCUCCAUCAGUUCAGUAAUGCAAGUUCAGAGGAAAGAUGGGCGGGGAGCUCCUGCGCUAUGGAUUCAUUGUAUGAUUUGGACCUGAUAUCUGAAACCGUGCCUGUAAUCCUUGACAAUUCAAAAAUGUGGUACCGGGUACUCUUAACAAGUAUGAAGUUGGGGGCUAGGGGGGUGGCCCAUGUGGAAGGACUAAGCCGGGCUGAACUGAACAGCAGUCAAUAUUCAAAUUUCUUGGUGAUCAAUCGUACCGCGAGUCCUCUUUCAUGGUUUAUGGAGUGCAAAGAUCGAAAAAACCAUAGUGCUAUAAUGUUGCCGUAUUCAUUUCUUCCUUCAAUGGCAGCUAUGAAGCUAAGAGAUGCCGCAGACAAGAGUAAGGGUCUUCUUGGUGAUUAUGACGCCAUCCAUGUGCGUCGAGGUGAUAAGAUAAAAACCAGAAAAGACAGAUUUGGUGUUGAUAGAAGCCUCCAUCCUCAUCUGGACAGGGAUACCCGUCCUGAGUUUAUCCUCCAGAGAAUUGAAAAAUGGGUGCCCCCAGGACGAAUUCUUUUCAUUGCUUCAAAUGAGAGGACUCCAGGAUUCUUUUCUCCGCUCUCUGUCAGGUACAGAUUGGCGUAUUCAUCAAACUACAGCAACAUAUUGGAUCCAGUAGUUGAGAACAAUUAUCAGUUGUUUAUGAUAGAGAGGGUAAUUAUGACUGGAGCAAAAACUUUCAUUAGAACAUUUAAGGAAGAUGAUACUGAUCUCAGUUUGACAGAUGAUCCAAAGAAGAACACCAAGAUUUGGCAAAAACCUAUUUAUACAACGGAUGAAGAGGGGAGCUGAGUUUUUGAGUUCGUUUCAUCAAGCCUGUUUGAUUAAGAUCUUAUAUCUUUCGGAUUCUUUGCUCUCAUUGCCUUCUUCCUUGAAAUUCCCCAAGUCAAUUGGAUAAAACAGUACUAAACAGAAUUUCUUGUCUUCUGUGCUGAGGGAAGGUAAGAUGGGGAGAAUAGAAAAGCAGUCCUGCGGUUGAUGUUGUAAAGUAUAAUCUCAUGCUGUCUAUUGGAGAAAGCUUCCAUUGAAGCACACCGUCAAGAUCUUUCUACAUCCUUGUCCUCCAAAUACUUCAUAGGUUUUAUCACUUCAUUCUGUUUCUUCUUUUUAAUUUAGUAGUCCCCAUUUUUUUUGUAAUAUAUCAUUUAUUUGUAGUUAACACAACAUUACUAUGUAUUCUUGAAAUACCAACUGUUUGAGCCUGUUGUGUUAAUUAUCCAAAAAUGCAGUUUUGAGGGUUA